GGUGUGGUGGGGGGUGCAGCUUUAAGCUGGUGGACUGGAACCUGAAACCUUCUGGACCCAAGUCCACUUCCUAAACCACUGAAAUAUCCUCCAGAACUGAUGAAGGUCUGAGCCACGACGGGCCGAGAGUUUAUCAGUAGAGGAGGUGAUGGUAGUGGAGGAGUGGAGUACUCAGAGUACUCAGAGUACUCUGAGUACUCAGAGUACCAUCUAAUCCCUGUUGAACCUGAACUCUGUCGGUUUUUACUGACUGUCAUUCCCACACCGUCCACUUGGUGUUGUCAACAUGACGUGUUACCAUGGUGACGUUACCUUUUCUGUUGUUGUUGUUGUUGUUGUUGUUGUUGUUGUCAUCGUUAUUGUUGUCGUCUUUUUCUGCAGAGAACCGAUGGACAGGAGAAAAACCGGCGGCUGACUCUGCUGCUCUUAUCAACAACCGUGGGAAUUGAACCUUCGUCUGGGAAAAAUCACACAAGGAAGUACUGCAGUAUUACAGUACAACAUGGAGUACAGUGAGAGGGAGGAGUUCUGUGGUUCAGGGGAGGGGGAGUUGGACCCCGACAUCGUCAGUGAGGAGGCGGGAAAACUGUACUCAGAGCUGCAGAGCGUGGUUGAGGCCCACGGUGAGGCCGUGGUGGAGUCACUGGUGCCCAUGUUUGUGUGGGUGCUGGAGGCACUGGCCAGCUGCAGGGGUCAGCUCCGAGACAGAGAAGAAGAAGCAGAGAGAGAGAAGGCCGAGCGAGAAGAGCUGAUGGACAGGUACCAUGUGGAGAAAGCUCUGAGGAAAGAAAGUCAAGAGAGAUACCUGGAGCUGGACGACCAGAUUGAACAGGAGAGAAGAGCCACGAAGGCACGGGAAAAAGGAAGGGAGCAGCGAGAGAGAGAGUUGGAGAGGAAGGCCAGAGAACAGGCUGAUCAGGUGGUGUUUCUGGAGGAGCAGAAGUCUCACCUGGGUCGAGAACUGAACACGCUCAGGCACAGUCACAACAAGCUGCUCAUCCCCUACAGAGACCUGCUGGAAAAGACCAAGGACUCAGACAGGGACUCUCCUUCAAGGUUCCAGCGGCGUCUGAAGGUCGGUGAUCCGUGUUCUAACCAGGUUCUGGUUGAACUCUGUGCUGACGACAAGCCGGACACUCACAGACCACAUUCACUCUCUGCUCCCCCCACCGUGGAGCCUCAGGAAGGGGGCGCUGUGGACGUGAAGUUGACCGCAGGUCAGUUUGUGGAUGACAUCAUCAGUUCCACUCCUGAGCUGGCCCAGUUUCACGUGGAUACCAGCUCCCCACGUGGACCCCCCCACACAGAGGCACCGACGGAGAACAGCUUGGAAGAGGAGUUGAAGAUGUUGGAGGAGAAGGAGACGGGGGAGAAGAAGGAGGAGGAGGAGGAGGAGGAAGAGGAGGAGGACAGUUUGGUUUGGGAACUUCGCAACACAGACUCUGUGUUCUCUGAACUGUCGGAGCUGAGUCCAGAUUAUUUGGAGAGUGUAGAUCGGGGGGUCAGUGUCAGAGGCAACGCCGACAUGUUGGAGGAGAUUCUGUCUCAGUAUGAGGAACUGAAAGUCACCCAUGAAUCAGUGGACGUCGCCCGGAAGGCCUUGAUAUCCCGUGUGGUGGAGCUCACUGAUGAACGCUCAGCUCUUCAACGGGAACUGACUUCUGUCCAGGAAACGGUGGCUCGGGCGGAGGGGCGGAUGAAGGAGAAGGAGGAUGAAGCCAAGAGGUUGCGGAGAGAACUGGAGUCACAUCGGGUGGAUGAUCCUGACGCCUCAUCGCUCUCGUCCACGCGUCACUUCUCUCGCUCUGAAAUGGCUCGAGUCGUGAUGGAGAAGAACCAGUACAAACAACGGCUGUUUGAGCUGCAGGAGGCCGUGAGACACAGUCAGACAGUCAGAGCAACAAAGGAAGAGUUGAAGUUAACGGAGGAGAAAAGGCAGAGUGUUUGGAGAAGGUUUAACCGCCUGAUUGGCCUUUCCAAGGAGCCCCUCCUCCCACGCCCCGCCUCCACCUUCACCUCCUCAGCUGCAGCUCCUCUCCGUCGCCCUCCUGUCAGGGCUCAGCAGAGCGCAGCCGUCAGUCAGACACAGGCGGAGUCGGCUCUUCCUGCUGCUCUGUCUCCUCGACUCAGGAGGAGGGAGCUCUACAAAGAGAUUAGAACCCACGUAUGGGGAAACCUGGGAAAACGACAAAUCCACGGCUGGAGCAUGCCCCUGGGGGGCACACAGGAGUGUGGUGGUGAACCUGCUCCAGAGCCCAGAGAUGUUCCUGUUCUCAUGCAGCUCAGGUUGUUGGAUCACAGAGACUCCACGGCCAAGAUCAACUGUGCCGUCUCAGUCCCACCUGACGUCUCAGGAGAACCCACGUGUUCAGUGUGGAUCAUUUCUGGCCCCGCCUCCAGCAGUGACAUCACAGUGAUUGAUCCAGCCCGGUCCAAUUCACUGCUGGAUCAGUUCAGCCUCCCCCCCACGGCUGCUGCUCUCUGCCUCUGUGCCGUGCCCCCAGUAGGUGGAACCACAGGAACCGUGUGGAUUGGAACUCAGGAAGGAAGUGUACUGGUGCACUCUGCCUCUGCCGACAGGAGGCGCUGUCUCCAAUCCAGUUCCCUCUCAGAGGGCGUGUAUUCACUGACAUAUUCCCACGGUCAUGUCGUCGCAGGGUUAGCCGAUAGCUCGUUAGCAUUUUUCUCACACAGCUCAGGCGGCUGGAACCUACAGCCCCACACGGUGUUGCCCCUGGGGUCAAACCCUCUGCAGCCCCUUCGCUGCUGCCUUGCAAAAGAUGGCCGCCUGUGGGUGGGCUGUUGGAACAAGGUCCAUGUGGUGGACCUGACCGGCAGGAAGGUGGAGCAAACAUUCCAAGUGUCGGAGCGCUGUGAGCAGCAGGUUCGGUUCCUGUGUGCCGGUGGUACUGGUGUUUGGACUUCCUGUCGACUGGACCCGGUCCUCCGACUCUUUGACCGGUUCACUGGCCGGCCGCUUCAGGAAGUUGAUUUCUCGGUUGUUGUCAUGAAAACAUUAGGCCAAGACUUCCUGGCGCUCUCAUCGUUCCAGAUCUCCUCCCUCACAAUCAUCUCCACUCGUCUGUGGGUGGGCACCGGAGGCGGAGCCGUGUUCUCCAUCCCAUUAUCAAUAAGUCAGUCUUUGUGUGUUUGUUCUGCUGAGCCAGCGUCCUCAGGUCCUGACGUUCCUCCCUCUCCGUCCACAGCCUCAGAGGCCGUGUCCAUCCCAUACUGCUCCACGUCAUCAGCCCAGCUGUGUUACCAUGGACACAGACAAGCUGUCAGGUUCAUCAUCGCUGCACCAGGUUGUUUGAUGACCUCUCCUGGCAGCAGGACUGUUACUGCAGCUCAGCUUGUCCUCAGCGGGGGAGAGGGCUACGUCAACUUCCGCAUCGGGGACGAUGAAGACGAGGCGUCGGAGGAGCUUUCCCAGGCCACACCUCAACGGUCUGAGCGCAGUCACAUGAUCAUUUGGCAGAAUCACACCUCUGCUGUGCCAAGCCCCGCCCUCUGAUGUUAGUCAUCAGCCAAAGAUGCAGCGGGUGUGGACGGCACAGCGGGUGUGGACGUCACAGUGGGUGUGGACGGCACAGUGGGUGUGGAGUGGACGGCAGACGAACCUGAGACUUCAUGAACUUUUUAAAGUGAAUAUACGUCUCAUAUAUAUUUUGCACAUCUUUGUUUACCUUGUUGACGGUGUACCAACCGUCAGACCGGAUGCUGUUGCCGUGGCGACGACCUUCUACGUGUCCUGGUCUGGUCGAGGGACAGUAACAUCCGACAUCUCAGAGUUCAGGGUUCUCCAUCUUUGGUUCUAGUUCUUUGUCAUGUGCUGCUCAGUGGCGACUCCUGUGGUCAACUGGAAGACAGUGGGACAAUCAAACCAGCUGACCUCUCAUGUCACGGUGCUGCUCUGAUGUUGAUGGAGAGGUUGUGUACUCCGACCAAUCCAAAUGGACCGUGACUGUAUUUGUUCUUUUAAUCUCUGAUCUUGUCUUAAUUUAUUGUACGGUUCCGUCUUAAGGUCGGAUGGUUUUAAGUGUCACUUCAGUCACAUGUUCAUGUCGUCGUUGUCUUUCUUGAACAAGCGAUUGUGACCUGAGUGUUUCGCUGACUCAGCUGAUCUUCUUAUUAAAGUAUCUCUUACUGUG